UAUAAACCAACUCUUUCUUUUCAACUUCUUUAUAUUAAUAGGUUGAUUCAUUCUCUUGUUUACAUAUUCUUCUAUUUUCUUCUUAUGCAGUUAUAUUAUUUCACGACAAACACACCACUCUAAACGUAACGCAUUAAUUCCCGCUAUGGCAAAAUCUCACGUUGAACUCGACUUCUUUGGAUUGGUUCCUACUCCUCAACCUCAACCUCAAUCUCGCCUUGAUCGCCGUCAAAGUUUCCGUGGAAUUUCAAAGAUGAAUCCAGAGAUUGUGAAAAGUGUACUUGCAUCAGCUAGUAAGUAUAGUACACCAGAAAAUGCUACUCUCCCUGGAACUCCUCGUGUUGGAGUUUCUCAACUGCCCAUCUUUCAUCCUCAUCCAUAUUCCAGGCAAGGAAGCAUGGAGAAAGAAGCAGGAGAUACUCCUCCCAUGACCAUAUUCUACAAUGGGACAGUCUCAGUUUUUGAUCUUCCCCAAGACAAGGUUGAGUACAUAAUCAAGUAUGCAAUGGAAAAGAAUAAUAUCUCUGGUAAUGAUGGCCAAAUCGUGGAUGAUUCCUGUUUUAACUCCGAAACUACUGACAGUAUGAAUAUCUUUGGGCCACUUAAUGAUGGGGAUAUGCCUAUUAAACGUAAAAAAUCACUUCAAAGGUUCUUUGAGAAGCGCAAAGAGAGGUUGAUAUCAGUAUCACCAUAUACAAGCAUGGACCACGUUGCUUCCUUCCUCCACCUACAAAGGACCUAAUUAACGUUAUCAAACUAACAAACAAACGUUAAAUUAAUUAUGUUUAUUACCACCCUCUUUAUUAUUGUUGUUCUAUCUAGUAGUAUUCUUUAUAGUAUAUUAGUCUUGUUCUCUUUUUGUAUAAAGUUUCUUCCAUAUUUCGUGCCUCUUUCCUAUGGGAAUUUUGCACGUUUUGAUUUGUCGUAUAUAAAUUACUAUAUGGUUGAAAAAUGAAGCUUCUAGGGUGUAGACCACACCGACCAACGACAAAUCAUUAAAGAAAAUACUCUUUAUAUAUGUCUAGCAUGGAGUGGUUCAUAAAGCAAUGAAGAGGGUGCUUAUUAUUUUAUAUAAUUAUAUCCUUUAUUUCUUUUGUUUGUUACGUUAAAUUAAAUAAAGAUUUCAGUCACGUUUAAUUUGACUUGUUCUUCUUCA